UCUUAACUUAUCGACAUGUGGACGCAAUUGCUGCUCGCGAGUUUUGCCUGUGCGCUGGCCUUGGCGGUGCCCACCCAGACUGAGCUGGGCGGACGCAUUGUGGGUGGUGCAGAUGCCGCAGCGACGCAGUUUCCACAUCAGAUAUCGUUGCGCCAGAUGGGCUCCCAUAUCUGUGGCGGCAGCAUUAUAGAUCGUAAUAAGAUUCUGACCGCUGCCCAUUGUGUUACUUCUGAUGGACCAAAUGGCACGUUGUUGGUCACACCUGCUGAUCUGUUAACCAUACGCGCUGGCUCCUUGAAUCGCUUCAAUGGCGGCGAGGUGCGUCAAGUCGUUGAGGUCAAAGUGCACGAGGGCUACGGCAAUCUCUACAAUGACGUAGCGGUGCUCGUUCUGGACCGCCCACUCAUCUACUCUGAAAACAUACGCGCCAUACCCUUGGCCAGCGCCGAUACACCCGUCGAUAGUCCCGUUAUUGUCUCCGGUUGGGGUCGUCUUGCCACCGAAGGCGACGUACCGCGUUGGCUGCAGUGGAACACGCUCAGCUCUCUGUCCACACGCAAGUGCACCACCUCCACCUUAAUGAACGGCGCCAGUCUUAUAUGUCUGGCUCAUGAUGCGGGUCAGGGCGUUUGCUUUGGCGAUUCCGGCGGCCCAGCUAUUUACAAUGGUGAAAUUGUUGGCAUUGCUGGCUUUGUUAUUGGUGGCUGCGGCUCCAAGAAUCCCGAUGGCUAUGCCAAGGUCUUUUACCAUCGUGAUUGGAUUAUCAAGCAUGCCAAUCUGUAAAGAGUUUACUCUUACUACAAGCAAUAAUCAAUAAUAAAUGAUUGGUUAAUAAAAAUGAUUUUACUUUCGUCAUCAUGGCCGGAAGCAAAGUGCAGAGCUAACUAUAUUUAAUCACUAUUAGUAUAGUUAGUACAAAAAUGUUGCUUGAAUUAGAUAAGGACAGCAUGUGUUGGACAGAGACGCAGCUA